UUUCUUUCAAACUACCCGCUCAAAGUCACAGUGGACAGCCCUGUGCGGGGCUGAGGAAUACCCUUUUCUGAUUGGUGGACACACACCAUCGCGCGCUCAGCCGCAGCAGCAGUAGUAUAUAAUGUAGAGCUGGUGGAUCUGCGGACACUUCUGUUUGAGUCUAGACUUGAAAAGAAAACUAAUCAUGAGUGGACGAGGCAAAACCGGCGGUAAGGCCAGAGCUAAGGCCAAGAGCCGCUCCUCUCGUGCCGGGCUUCAGUUCCCCGUGGGCCGUGUCCACAGACUGCUCCGCAAAGGGAACUAUGCCCAGCGGGUGGGUGCCGGAGCCCCUGUGUAUCUGGCGGCUGUGCUGGAGUAUCUGACCGCUGAGAUCCUGGAGUUGGCGGGAAACGCCGCCCGUGACAACAAGAAAACUCGUAUCAUCCCCCGUCACCUGCAGCUGGCUGUCCGCAACGACGAGGAGCUCAACAAACUGCUGGGAGGAGUGACCAUCGCCCAGGGAGGAGUCCUGCCCAACAUCCAGGCGGUUCUGCUGCCCAAGAAGACCGAGAAGGCCGGCAAGGCCAAGUAGAAGUCCACACGGACCUAAUGAUCCAAAACCCAAAACGGCUCUUUUAAGAGCCACACACUCACUGAGAAAGAACACAACUCCU